AUGCCAACGAUUCAACAACUUAUCCGUUCGCAACGCACGACGAGCGAACGCAAAACAAAAUCUCCCGCAUUACAAUCUUGUCCGCAACGUCGUGGAAUUUGUACGCGUGUAUACACAACAACACCUAAAAAACCAAACUCAGCACUUCGUAAAGUCGCACGUGUUCGUUUAACAACAGGUGUUGAAGUAACAGCAUACAUCCCUGGUGUUGGACACAACCUUCAAGAACACUCCGUAGUGUUAGUACGUGGUGGUCGAGUAAAAGACCUUCCAGGAGUACGUUAUCACAUUGUUCGUGGAUCUCUUGAUACAGCAGGUGUAAAAGGUCGUUUACAAAGCCGCUCAAAGUACGGUGUAAAACGUCCAAAAGGAUAA